UUUCUGAUCCAGAGCUUUGAUUUUCAUCUUUCUUUCUGUUUUUCCAUUUCUGGGAUUUCAUUGUUCAUACCCAUAUCUUGGUUUCCUCUGUUACUUAGCCAAAAAGUUGAGUGGUUUUCGUUUUAGAUUUUCCCCUUUUUCUUCUUUUGUUGUAGCAAAGGGAGUUUUUUGUUGCCAGUCCUUUAUUAAUCAUUCAGAUCUUUCGUGGUUUGUUCUCAGUUCAAGAGCUUGAUCUGAUUUUAGCUUCCUGAUUGAGCUCGAAACAUCUGUUACAGCCAUAGGCACAUGACAACUGGUAUAUAAUCUACCAGGAAAUUGUUGUAAAGAGGCGUCAAGAUUUAGUAUUAUCAGUUUUGUGUAAAAUGUCAUUCCGAAGCAUUGUUCGUGAUGUGAGAGAUAGUAUUGGGAGCUUAUCUAGACGGGGGUUCGAGGUCAAGUUGAGUGGUCAUCAUAGAGGAAAGUCCAAUGCAUCGUCACUGAAUGAUCUACAUGACCAGCCUCCUGUUGUUCAGAAUGGCUGCUGGGCCAGCCUUCCACCCGAGCUGUUGUAUGAUGUCAUUCGAAGACUUGAAGAGAGUGAAAACACGUGGCCUUCACGAAAAAAUGUCGUUGCCUGUGCUGCAGUAUGCCGUUCUUGGAGAAUUAUGUGCAUGGAGAUAGUUAAAGGUCCAGAAAUUUGUGGGAAGCUUACCUUCCCAGUGUCGCUAAAGCAGCCCGGACCACGCGAUGGAUCUGUACAGUGCUUCAUUAAGAGGGAUAAAUCCAACCUAACAUACCAUCUCUACUUGUGUCUUAGCCCUGCUCUGCUGGUUGAAAAUGGGAAGUUUCUUCUCUCUGCAAAGCGUACACGAAGAACUACUAGCACAGAGUAUAUUAUCUCGAUGGAUGCAGAAAACAUUUCGAGAUCAAGUAGCUCUUACAUCGGAAAACUGAGGUCGAAUUUUCUCGGAACAAAAUUCAUUGUCUAUGACACUCAACCUCCAUACACCGCUGCCCCGCUCCCUCCUCCUGGGAAAACUAGCCGUAGAUUUUAUUCAAAAAAGGUUUCGCCAAAAGUCCCAACUGGCAGUUACAACAUAGCCCAUAUAAGUUAUGAACUAAACGUCUUAGGCACACGGGGACCCCGGAGAAUGCACUGUAUAAUGCAUUCAAUACCAGUGUCUUCUCUCGAUGCUGGUGGCACUGUUCCAGGCCAACCCGAGCUCCUCCCUCCCAACUCUCUCGACGACUCGUUUCGUAGUGCAUCCUUCUCCAAGGCCCUAGAUCAUUCCAUGGAGUUCAGUAGUGCUAGAUUUUCUGAAAUUGGGAGGGCAGCAUUGGAUGGCGACGAGGAGGGAAAGAUGAGACCUUUGGUUCUAAAAAACAAGCCCCCAAGAUGGCACGAACAGCUGCAAUGUUGGUGCCUCAACUUUCGUGGGCGAGUAACCGUUGCAUCAGUGAAGAACUUUCAGUUGAUUGCAGCUAUACAACCAGCCGCUGGCGCUCCAACACCGUCUCAACCAGGCCCACCCGAGCACGACAAGAUCAUUCUUCAGUUCGGGAAGGUUGGUAAAGACAUGUUCACGAUGGACUAUCGAUAUCCGCUGUCUGCUUUUCAGGCCUUUGCUAUAUGCUUGAGCAGCUUUGAUACCAAAUUGGCUUGUGAAUAAAGAAAAGUAUCCAAAGCUAAUGCAUAUGAUGAGCAGAAAAGAAAAAAAGUAACAACACCCCACUUUUAUGCCUCUUUUUUCCCCCCCUUUUUUCCACCCCCUUAACUUUUGGAUUUCACUCUAUUAGUUGUAUUCCUCUUCUUGUCAUUUCAUGGUUAGGUUAGUGAAAUAGUUAUUGUUGUGGCUAUUGGUGUAAAAGUUAAUUGUAACUGGGACAUCUUCCCUCAUAACAGCUCUUACAUGUGCAACUUCAAAAACUUUGAAAAGGAAUGAAGGCAAAAAGCCCUUUUUACCCCUCUC